UGACGGUUCAGAUGUGCUUUAUUCAUCAUUCUUCCUCUGAUUUUCCCGCAAUCCAGUUUUAUCCUUUCUUUAAAUGUAAAAACAUGGAAACAACGAUUCCAUAGAAGAAGAGGCAAUUAAGAUUCACCAUAGAUACAAUCCAACUAAUCUUCUUUUAUUCUGCAAUUGUUGUUUCAUUUUCCAUGGAAGUUGCUUCUCCAAUCCAUCAUCGUUGUCUCUAUCUCUCUUACUCUCGCCAACAACCCAUAAAUGGAUUACGUGGAACACCUCGUCCUUUUUUCGUUUCUCAAAUCCAAAAUAAGCAAAGAAAUGUGUUGAGGCUGUCCUUUACUCCCAAAUUCAACGACUUGUGUGAAACUGGAACAACCCGUUUCUGUUACAACAAAUUGAAACAACUCCGCAGGGAUGUCAUUGUAAGAUAUGAGAUUACUGCUGCAUCUCGAGACGGGGACGGAGUAUCUGAACCCAAAUUGGAAGCAAAACUUAGGGGAAUUUGUUUUUAUACUGUUACUUCCUUUUCUGCUAUAUUUCUUUUUAUCUUCAUGCUGCUUGGACAUCCAUUUGUACUCCUCUUUGAUCGUUACCGUAGAAAGUUUCAUUAUUUCGUAGCCAAACUAUGGGCUUCACUCACUGUCACUCCGUUUUUCAAAAUUGAAUACGAAGGCUUGGAGAAUCUACCAUCUCCAGAUACUCCCGCUGUCUAUGUUUCCAAUCAUCAGAGUUUUCUAGAUAUAUAUACUCUUCUUACUCUCGGAAGAAGCUUUAAAUUUAUAAGUAAGACUGGGAUAUUCCUUUUUCCGAUAAUUGGUUGGGCAAUGUUUCUUUUGGGUGUAAUUCCUUUGAAGCGCAUGGACAGCCGAAGCCAGAUGGACUGUCUUAAACGAUGCAUUGAUCUCAUCAAGAAAGGAGCCUCUGUCUUUUUCUUCCCGGAGGGAACACGCACUAAAGAUGGAAAAUUAGGUGCAUUCAAGAAGGGAGCUUUCAGCAUUGCUGCAAAGACUAAAGUACCAAUUGUACCAAUCACCCUUAUUGGAACUGGCCCAAUCAUGCCAGCUGGAAGGGAGGGUAUAUUGAACUUAGGUUCCGUGAAAGUUGUUAUUCAUAAACCUAUAGAUGGAAAUGAUGCUGACAUGCUAUGCAAAGAAGCUAGGAAUAAAAUCGCAAGUGUGCUGACUCAUGACUGACAAAUGUACUGCAAGAGAUCUGUAAUUUUCUAUUACAUGAAUAUCGACGAAUUGGAAGGGUAAAAUGGCAGGCUCUUUCCCAGUUAAGGACAAUUAGUACCUUUUAGCAAGGAAAUUUUGGUAUUUUAUAGGUCAACUGUGGUCAGAUAAUUUUUAUUAUUUUGUUUUAUUCCACAUUUCCUCACUGUUAUAAGAUCACAAUUUUGCACUUCAGUCUUGUGUGUGCGUAUUGGAAUUUUUCUUUGGAGAAGUGAAAUGAAUUAUCUUGUUCAUACUUAACUUCCUCUAGUGCAGUCAUAAGUUGUUUCAUCGGAAUAUUUUGAUUCAUAUUGAAGCACCAGGUGUACUAGCUAUGAGUUUGAAGCUCUUCACGCGAUGAAGUUCUUUGUUCAUUCUUUGUCAGUCAUAUUGGUUCCUCAACAUUGUUCUUUUAGUACUAUGGAGAAUGGAGGCUGUGAGAUUGUUCAUUACAUCUGCUGCGUCAAAGCGUCGAUUUACUGUGUACUUAUAUAUACCCUACAGAAGAAUUAAAUGAGAGUGGGAAUGGGAAUGUGCAAACUAAAAUGGCCGUCCAAGUGUUAGAAAUGGAUGAUAUUGAUAUCUCAGUUUCAUGCCUUUGUGGGGAAACGUUACUUAUGAAGUCAUUUCCCAUUAGCAAGAGAACAUUAAAAUUGUUGCAACUAGUUUUUUUUUUGCAUAAAUAAACUGCUUAGCAGGAUUUUAGCAUAUGA